CUGCCAGUAGUGAGAAGACACGCUUAAAACACCUCUGCUUCUCAACAUAAAUCACGUUUAUAUCUACAAACAUAACCAGUAUUGUUGAAUUCCAAAACACUGACACUUCUUCCAACAACCCACCGCGGUCUCAUUUAAAGCUUUGUUUUUAACUGGGAUUUUCUUUUCUUUUUUUAUUUGCACAUUUCCAGUCAGGCAUUCUACAAACCGGCUACAAGCGGUCAAACGAAGGGGUCCUUCCGGGUCCUUCCUGCCCUGAGCCGCUCCGCCAGCCUCUCGACGUCAACGACCACCGGAGGGAGUAAAGAAAAGACGGUAAACUAACCCGAAAUCCUCCCCGAACCGACCGGGUGCCGGCAGCCAUGAUGGGCGGUAGGACCAGCGCGCUCGCCGCGGGGGUGUGCGGCGCCCUGCUCGUCGGUUACUGCAUCUACUUCGACAAGAAGAGACGGAGUGACCCCGGCUUCAAGAACAGGCUGCGAGAACGGCGGAGAAAGCAGAAGGCAGCCAAUGAGAGGGCAGGCAUGGCCAAGCUCCCCGACCUGAAGGACGCUGAGGCGGUGCAGAAGUUCUUCCUGGAGGAGAUCCAGCUGGGGGAGGAGCUUCUGGCUCAGGGAGACUACGAGAAAGGCGUGGACCACCUGACCAACGCCAUCGCCGUGUGUGGUCAGCCUCAGCAGCUGCUGCAGGUGCUGCAGCAGACUCUGCCUCCACCCGUCUUCCAGAUGCUGCUCACCAAACUGCCCAGCAUCAGCCAGCGCAUCGUGAGUGCACAGAGUCUGAGCGAGGACGAUAUAGAAUGAGACGACCAGGAGGAGACGACCCCCCCAAACACUCACCCUCAUCUUCCUCUUCCUCAUCUGGACCUUCCAAGACGACCCCCCCCCCCCCCCGAGGCCUCCAUCACUUCCUGAAGGGGAGCUGGUUUCUUUCCUCCUGGUUCCUCCAUGACAGUAAUGUUUGGUUCUUUUGGACCUGAAGGACCCGUUUUGGGGUCUUCAGAGUCUCUGGGUCAUGACGUAGGCGUGCACUCUGCAGGUGGAGCGUGUUACCGUGAAGGGGCUCCUUCCUUCUGGGUGGUGGAGCACACGUCCUGACAGCCUCACGUACCAGGGUUACACCGUCUGACGGGUCGGUACCGACCGUCUUCCUGCUUCUCAUCACAUCACAAACAGGAAUCUUCUCUUUGCUCGGAUGCUUCAAAGUAUUUAUUGUGUUGUUUUCUUUGUUAUCAGUCGUCUUUCUGUUGGUUCUCGACUUUUAAAAAGUGGUUUUGUUUUGUCAUUUUAAAGAGGACGACCGUCUUUAGGAAAAUAAAAAGGAAUGUAAAGGAAGGA